AAUAAAAACAUCCAGAUAGUAUAUUUGAGUGAAAUAGCUAAUUUUGUGUUUGACAGCAAGGAACAUCGAUAGUCAUUCUUUGCCGAUAGUGAUGUAUUGCGAUUGAAAUUACAAUUUUUAGUCUAAAAACUGCAACAAAUCACAUAAUUAGUCUUUUUUCAGUUUGUCUAGUCCAAGAAGAAUUCUCUCAAACUUUUUAUAUUCAAGUUCAAAUUUAUACGUGGAGCCACUACGUCAAUGUAGAAAUCCCCACCGUCAAAUUAUUGGUGAAUUUCGUGGUAGGCGGAAGCCAUAUUGUUUUACAUUUUGGGUUUAUUUCUUAACAAAGACGGACGUUAAAGUGUUCCGUCAAUAGUUAGUAUUUGUUUUCGUUGUUCCAGUCUUUUUAAAAAUGAAUCCUGAAUAUGACUACCUGUUUAAGUUACUUUUGAUUGGAGACUCAGGUGUUGGUAAAUCUUGCUUGCUGCUACGUUUUGCCGAUGACACAUACACAGAAAGUUACAUCAGUACCAUUGGUGUAGAUUUUAAAAUUAGAACAAUAGAUCUCGAUGGAAAAACCAUAAAGCUUCAGAUUUGGGACACGGCCGGCCAGGAGCGGUUCCGCACGAUCACAUCGAGCUACUACCGGGGCGCCCACGGCAUCAUUGUGGUGUACGACUGCACCGACCAGGAGUCGUUCAACAACCUCAAACAGUGGCUCGAGGAGAUUGAUCGCUACGCCUGUGAUAAUGUCAACAAACUGCUCGUCGGCAACAAGUGUGAUCAGACCAACAAAAAGGUCGUCGACUAUACACAGGCUAAGGAAUACGCCGACCAGCUGGGCAUUCCGUUCCUGGAGACGUCGGCGAAGAACGCGACCAAUGUUGAGCAGGCGUUCAUGACGAUGGCGGCCGAGAUCAAGAACCGCGUGGGUCCGCCCAGCUCGGCGGCCGACACCGCCAACAAGGUACGCAUCAACCAGGCCAGCUCCAGUCCCAUCGAGUCCACCAAGUCUGGCUGCUGUUGAGACCCUGUCCAUCUCCACACCAACCGUCGCCACAUUAUGUGGUUAGAACAAGUGCGUUCCUCCAGCUAUCCGAUAUCAGUCAAUUGACUAAACGGAGGGACUCAGAACUACAUCGGUUACAAGGCAUACACUAAUGGGAGAAGAAAUUUUUGUACAUAACUAUAAUAAUAUUCUGACAAAUUUUAUAUUGCUCUUGUCAGAAAAUUCAGUUGAAAACAUAAAUCAUACAAAAACAAACAGACAUUUGUAAUUCCUUGUGCAGGUUAUGAAAAGUGUUUAAUGUUCUUGUAUUACCAGAAGUGACAUAACUAAUUAUUAUGAAACGAUAUAAUUGCACUUAAUUGAAUUUUUAGCCUUGUAUCUUUCGAUUUAUAUAAAAAGGGAUUGAAGUGUGCUUGUUUGUUAUUAGGUUUCUUUUUACUUUCUUUCUCAAAAAAGUAUCUGUCAUUUGGAAAUGAGAAAUUCUGUUAUAUUUAUAUCUUGAUAGUUCUUGUAUUUAUUAGAGAUGGUCCCCGUUUGUUAUUUUUUAUUUAAUUAGCAACUCCGUGAGGAUAAGGUAUGAUUAUAUAAUGAGUAUAUAUAGUUAUUAUAUAAAUAUUAUAAAUAAACCAAUAUGUAAGUAAGAGAUUGUGAAUGUUAUGUUGAUACUGAAUUCUUCUUUAUAUAUAAUGCUAAUGAUCAUAGUUUGUGAUUCAAAUCGAUUGUUAUUUGCAAAAUUUACAAUUGAUUGGUGAGGUCAAUAAAUUUGCACGCUUUAAACAUACCGUAGCUUCUCUUUUGCAGCAAUUUCAUCAUCAUCAUUAUUGUAAUAACAUAGUUGAAACAUUCUCUGUCGCAAUUUCAUUUGAUAAUAAUUAAUAACGAUAAUAGCUGAAUAUUAUAAAUAUACAAUUUGGAAAAGUGAAUUAUUUUUUUAAACAUUCCAUUAGAGGCUAGUAAUUUUUUAAUUAUUUAAUGAUUUAUACAUACAUGCAUAUGUAAAUGUUGUGCGCAAUAAAGUAGCACUGGCAUUUAUGCCCAAA